UUUGCGUCUCUUUCCUCGGCCAGUGUGGGAUUAUGGUAGCCUUGGUGUCAGGCAUCAGCCCAGUGGAUCCGAUCGCCAGCUCCUGCCUGCUGUGCUCCGCCUGCCGCUUCUUGCUGAUCAAACCGAAGCAGACGGAAUGUGGCCACCGCUACUGUACCGCCUGCCUGGAGAAUCUGUUCAGGACAGGAAAUGAAGCGGAUUGCUACAUUUGCCAAAAGAAGGUUCUUCGUUCCAAGGUUUACCUGGACAGGGCAGCGGAGAAUGACGCCUACGUCACAAAGAUUCACUGCACGGCUCACUUGGAGGGCUGUGACUGGGUCGGUUCGCUGCGGAACUACCUGCGUACACACCGAGCACAGUGUGGUUUCCAGGUCCUGCCCUGUGCCAAUGUGGCAUUUGGCUGCGAGGCUGUCGGCCCCAGGAAGGACAUGUUGGUUCACGAGACCCAGCAGUGCGAGUGGCGGAUGGAGCGUUGCCCCCGUUGUGAGACGUUCUGCAUCCACAAGCUUCUGGAGGACCACAUGGCAACGUGUGGAAAACAGGAGAGCUGCCCUCUCUGUGGCCAGGCCGACUUGACAAAGACGGAGUUGGAACAACACUGUGACCCCCUCCAUGGCAACUGUCCCAAGGUGAAGGUGGCCUGUCCCUUUAAGGAUGUCGGCUGUCUGGAACAGUUUCACCGGGAGGAUCUGAACGAGCACCUCCGAGUUGCCCAGCAGACUCACCUCCUGCAGGUCCUGUCCCUCGCCACCAGCCUGAGAUCCGAGAGAACCUGCGGCGGGGACGCGCCCCUGGAGCCCGCUGAGAAGGCCGGGAGGAUGCUGACGGCCGAGCCCUCCAGGGAGUUGGACGGCAACGCCGAGCCAGAGCCGGGAGUUGCCGCGGACCGGGGCCUGCAGGCCCUGGAGGGCCGGGCCGACGGCCUGGAGAGGUCGGUGCGCAGCCUGAACGGGGAGCUGGACCGCUACGCCCAGGUGAUCGAGGCACUGCAGCAGAAGUGCCUCCACCUCGAGCAGACCAUUCACGCCCUGCAGAAGAAGCCAGGACUGCGCUCAGCAGAGCUGUCAGCGCAGGCAGGCCUGGCUUUCCCCACCCCGCCCCUCAGCACCAACGGCGUCCUGGUCUGGAAGAUCAAAGACUUUUCCGCGAAGAUGGCGGCAGCCAAGGCAGGACAGCGGCCGUCCUUCUACUCGCCGCACUUCACCACCCACCCUUUCGGCUACCGCCUCUGCUGCCGGGUCUACCCCAACGGCGACGGCGCUGGCAAGGGCAGCCACCUCUCCCUUUUCCUGGCGCUGGUGCGGGGCGACUAUGACGAGGUUCUGCCCUGGCCCUUCCGGCAGAAGGUCACCUUCCUGCUGCUGGACCAGGCCGGCCAGCGGCACCUGCGGGAGUCCUUCUCGCCCGACCCGCUGAGCAGCUCCUUCCAGAAGCCGCGGAGCCACAUGAACGUGGCCAGCGGCUGCCCCACCUUCGCCCGGCACGAGCUCUUCCAGAAGGGGCCCAGCCAGUACCUCAGGAACGACACCAUCUACAUCAAGGUGAUGGUGGAUCCCAUGGGACUGCAGCUGUGAGAUGGUGGGAGAUGGGGAGUGUCCCCAGGUGUGAAAUCAUCUGCCUGAGUGGAAACAACCCUUGAUAUCUCACUCUCCGGUGUGACGGCAUGGAGGGAGCUUUACUCCGCAUUUACUCCCUCUUGGGAACAGGUAACAGGGUAGAGUAGAGGGGACUUCACUCUGGGACAGUGCAGAGGGAGUAUUCCCAUAUAUCUAAUUCAUGCUGCCUCAAACUUGUAUCAUGUAACCGGGCGGUGUAAAGGAAGCUGUGCACCGUAUCUAACAUGUCCCUGCCCUGGGAGUGUGCACUGGGACAUUGUGGAGGGAGAUUUGCCCCGGUGCGACCUGUGUUACCCCUGCGCUGGAGGUAGAGUACUGUGGAAGAGUCAUAGGCACGCUGGAGUGUUUAUAUGGUUUCAGACGGAAUGGCCAUUCACAGAGCCCCAAUCUCAACAUCAUUGAGGCUGUCUGGGAUUACCUGCAGAGACAGCAGUACAGCCAAACUCUGCAGAAGAACUGUGAUAAGAUCUCCAGGAUGCUUGGAGCAACCUACCAGUCAAUUUUCUCUUAAAACUGAUUGACAAUGUACCUGACAAAAUUGAUGCAGUUUUAAAGGCAUCAAAUAUUGAUUUGAUUUAGUUUUUUUUUUAAACCGUUUAGUGCUUUUUGUAGUAAUUUUUUUUGAUAUUUAGAAACUUUUCAAUUCAUUAUUUUUGAGAGCUUCUACUCUUUACAGAUUUUUUUUGCACGUGCCUAAGACUUUUGCACGGUACUGUAAGUAUCAGGCCAGUGUAGAGGGAUCUGUGUAUCAGACGUCUGCUGUCUCAGUCCUUUAGAUAUGUAAUGAGGCAGUGUGAACUUUGCUUUGUGCCUCACCUAUACCGUCCCUAUUUAAGGAAUGUGUAAUGGGACAGUGUAGAGGGAGCUUCACUCUGUAUCUAAUUUAUUUUUAAUAUUAUCAGACUAUUUCCGAAAGCAGUGGCCAUAGUGCAUCUCUGUAGUAGUUUUAAAAAGACUGGGGAUUACGAACAGAGUUUUAAAAUCUGCCUGCCACUCAGAGUCAUACCUCAUUGUAACAGGAAGCAUAUCUUUAGAGAACUUUAUUAGUGAGCUUUUCAGAGGAACGACAGAACAAGGGAUGAGGUUCCACAGUAUCUGCUGUUGGUGUGGGCGUGUCUGAGAUGGGACUGUGUAGAGGGAGCUUUGCGGUGUCGUUAACCUGCAUUGUCACUGUCUGGAAGGCUUUGAUGGGACUGUGUAGAAGGGGGUUUCAUCCACAUCUAACCCUUCCCAUCUCUGCCCUGGGAGCGGCAAAAGGAGAGUGAUUUCUACUCUGUUUCUAAUUCAUGCUGUCCUUGAAUACGUGUAUCAUGACGGCGUAGAAAAUAUAUGCUCUGUACCAUAUGCCUGCCCCGGAACUGUGUGACAGGACAGUGCUGGGACCUAUGCUGUGCUAAGCUAAAUUGAAUGGUGGCAAGGCUGACAAAUGUAAGAUCAGCAUUCAGUUCCUGCCGUUAUCUGUAAAGGGUUUGUACGCUCUCCCUGUGACUGUGUGGGUUCCCCCCCCCAGGAGAUCCAGUUCCCUCCCACGUGCAAAUUCGUACAGUUUAGGGUUCGUGGGCUGCGGGCUUGCUACGAUGGUGCCGGAAGCUUGGCGGAACUUGUGGGCUGCCUGGCACAAUCCUCACGGAUCUGAUUUAUGGACGGCACAGUAGUGUAGCGGUUAACGUUAAAUUAUCAUAGCACCAGGAACCCUGUAAGGAGUUUGUACGUUCUGCCGUGACCGUGUGGGUUUCCUCCGGGUGCUCCAGUUUCCUCCCACAUUCCAAAGUCGAACCGGUUAGUAGAUAAAUUGGUUCCAUGGGUGAGACUGGGUGACAUGAGCUCAUUGGGCCGGAAGGGCCUGUAUUGUGACGUGCCUCUAAGCUAAGCUAAAUUAUCCCUGUCAAGGAAGUACUAUAUCGGACCUAUGCUGUCCGUGCCCAGGGAAUAUUUGACAGGAGCCUAACCUGUGCUGUCCGGAUCAAGAAGGGAAGAUUAAUCUCCCUUUGCGCCACCCACCUCCCCUGCCCCAAAGGGGGAGCGAGACAUGGGGAAGUUUAAUGCUCAGUUUCUCUCUAGACUAUUGGGUAGCCUGAACUCCAGGAGACGGCUGACUCUGGGACUCUGUUUACUGCACUUUAAUCCUAAUGAUAUCAAAUUGUAUUUAUUUAUUUAUUGAUGUGACUAAUUUAUUGACUCUUGGAUUUCUUUGUAAUAUUGCAAGUGCCGCGCUGAAUGUCAUUAAAAG